UGCUGUUUUGGGUAAGCUACUGGUACAUGUCGUCACCCUCUCUGCAUUCCUCCGUUUCUCGUGCUCGUCCCUCUCUCUCGCUCUCUGUCUCUGUGUCUGUGGGAAGGUACGGUAUAUUGCGAAGCGCAAUUUAAGCUGUCAUGGUGCGUCGAUUCGUUGAUCGUGAUGGGUGGACGGAUGGAUGGAUGUGUGGAUCUGUGGAUGUCUGCAUUCCUUCGUGUGCACGUCGAAUCAUUCCACUCACUCCAUGGCAUUCUCGCUUACGUGAAUUUGUGUGUGCGUUUGGUGGCUGCAUGGCUGGCGAUGCGAUGUGGCUAUUGCGAUGUGGCGCGAUGCCGCAUCGAUCUGACUCACUGACCCCCAUGGACGGACGGACGGACGGACACUUUCAGUUCCCGUGUGCAAUGAUACUUAUGGUCACUGUGUGGGCAGAGAUGCGACAAGCGCAUUGCAAGGUGACCUUGGGAUGGUCUGUCUGUGUGUGGUGGAUGGCCUGCUGUGCGGCAGCGUCGCCCUCGUCGACUCGCGGCAGCUGGAUGUAGCACGCCUCAUUCACACCACUGGGGCGUCUGUGCCCGUCUUGCACACUGUCGCCCUCCGGCCCUGCACACCGGGGGCGCGCUGCGUGGGCAGCGAGCGGAUCACUUGCGGGGGGCGUCUCGGGAGCUCGUGUGGCUAAGAUGUGGGGUUUCACGGAGAGAUUCCUCGCAAAACAAUCCAGUUUUUGCAGGGAACUCUCGUAGUUUUUCCCCUAGUCGCAGACCUCUCCUCCUCCUCCUCCUCCUCCUCCUCCUCCUCGCUCUCCAAGGAAUACGACAGCCGUCCUAUGGGACUCUGAGGACUCAUCGGCAGAGAGGGCCUGACGAGCGUUCCUGCUCACAAGAGCUUGAUUCGACCCUGAAAGAGAGCCUCGGUGCUCUGCGAGGCUAAGAGAGCGCUGCGAUAGUGCGUCCUUUGAUAGUGGUGUUAUUUGGUUGAGCAUGGGAGGGAGGGCAGCUCAGCCGCCGUCUGUUGGUUGACGUGUCGGGUACGGCCUUGUGCAGCCUGACGGAGAUUAUUUAUUAUUUGGAGGGCGCCAGGCGCAAACCGCCUAUCGCCGACGCUGACGUGGCCUUCCCGACUGAACCAACUGACUACCUGCAGGUAAUUGCACUCCGCACUGAGAGCGCCAAGAGCAGUUUAGUGCAGACAGGACACAGGAUGAUGCCCAUGCGUGCAUGCAGCCAGGCAGCCUGGGAUGUGAUGUGCCCUUCCUUUUGCCUGUGUCGUGUGCGUUGCGUUGCGUUGGCCAGGUGUGGCGUGUCAAGGAGGUGGUGGACCCUUCAGCCCCGGAAUCGUCCUCCCGGCGCGUCCGCAUCGACGAUCCCAUCCCGCUGCUGUCCCCCGACGGCACCGCAUUCGUGCCCCCCUGUUUGGACAGUGAGGAGGUCUACACCAUCCUGCACAUUCGGUGCGAGGCGAGCGGGCAGAGGAGGAGUGUGGGUGUGGGUGGUGCUGGCGCGCCUUGUUGCGUCGAGGGCGACCUGGCUAGAGUGCUCGAGGAGAGUGAGACCAACGUCAGGGAAUACACCAGACAAACCACGGUCGGUGAGAGGGAGGGAUGGAGGGAGGGAGGGAGAUGUGCACUCCAGGGCAUUAAGAGGUGUGGGUGUUUGUGUGGGUGUUUGUGUGGUCAGUCGUGGGCGUUGCAGCACAGCGAUAGUCUGCAUUCGCGGCCAUCCCCCUCCCCAUCCUCCCCAUCUCCCGUGUCGCGUGUGAUUCGGUGUGACUGCUAUUCGUGGAUCGGCACACACGCACCCGACCAAGUCGAGGUCAGUCAGCAUCGCUGUCACUUAUCCAUUGAUCGGUCUCAUGCUCUCUCUCUCUCUCUGUGGUGUCAUUGUCAUGGUCUGUAUGUCUGUGGUGGUGGGUGGUGUGGGUGCGGUGCAGUGUCAUGGUGAUUUUCUGGCCACAAAGCUGCAGCAGGUGCUCGUAGAUUGGGGACUGUUCAAGAGGUACGGUUUGUACUCACGUUGACCUCUUGAACACGGGCGUCAUGUCACGUGUUGGCCAUUUCUGCUCUUCUGGUUUGGUUCGUUCGUUCGUCAGGUACUGGUGCGAGUUGGCCGCAUCGUUUGUCCUCCUUCCGCCAUCGCCCGACGCCGCAUCGCUUACACCCCUCCAUACCACAUAUGGUCAGCCAGCAUACUACACACCCCACACAACCAACCGUCAUGGCUGUAACAAUGCAUGUAACGGUGCAUCGCUCGUUCAGGCGCCCUGGCGUCCCGCAAUUUGUUCCUGCACAAUCUCUGUUCUCCCCACCCCGUCAACAACCUCACCGCCCAUGACGACGGCGAGGCCAUGCGGACGUACAGCAGUGGGCGUGGGGCGGGUGUGGCCUUGGACACCGAUCGCACCAUCGCCCGUCCGUCGCUGGGCACACCCCCGCCGGCGUCAGGCCAGGUGUGUGCGCGGUACGAGGAGCUGAGCAGAGUGCUGUGUAGUAUGGUGGACCAGGGGGUGCACCUGACACCUUCCACCGCACCUGCACAAACACACGUACGUAUGCACUGACUGACUGAUGAGCGGAUGGGUGGACGGGCGUGGCGCCUGCGUCGAUGGAUGGUUCCUCUCUGUACGUGCCUUGGUCUGUGUGUGCAGAAGGGUGCGCCUGACGAGCGCGUGGCCUCAAAGACAAAUGGCACCCGUCUCUGAGGCUCGAGAGACGCGCCGACAGAGACAGCAACAAAGCCGACACCCCCCCGCGCCCCUAUCGGCCACCAGCUCAGAUGCAAGCUCGGCAUUCCAGACGCCUGGCCGCAACAAGGAGGCGGUGGUGGUGGGCGAGCAUCAGCACCAGCAUCACCACCCCGCCGCCGAGCCAGCGGCGCCGUAUGCGGCAGCCCCGGUGCUGACGCGGGGUGGCGGGAAGAAGCCUGUGGUGCCCGCGGUGAUGCCACGGCUCAACCUGGCGGGGCUGGCGGACGUCAAACCCAAGAUAUCACCCAGACCCGCCGGAGCGCAGCCCACUGCCGGUGCUUCUCUCGGUGGUGGUGGCGGUGAUGUGAGCCACAGGAAGGGGUCAUCUCGGCAAGGGCGGCACCGUGCUGACGAGACGUCUGCAUCUGUGUCGGCUGACAUGAUGGACACCGACAUGGCAGACCAUCACCGGUAUAGAUGCACCUCGCCGCCGCCCAUUCGCCUGACGCCGCCAGUGGCGCAGCCGAGCGAGAAACGGCCGCAGAAGAGCGAGCCGCCCUCUCUCAGCCACCUCGUCAGCCCGCUGCCGCCGCCCAACACACCGAUGGUGUCACGGCCGCCCUCUCCCCGCCCUUCCCGACAGAGCUCUUUCGAGGACAUGAGUAGCAGCACCCAGCAGCAGAGGGUGGGUGAUUUUAGAAUGUAACACAGACACGUGACGCGGAUGCACUGUGUAUGUCUUGCAUUUUGUAUGUCUGUAUCAGGCGUGUCUGAGCUUCCUUCAUCCGCAUCGCCUCGCCCCCCCUUCCAACCACAUGCCCGGGCCGAGCAGCAUCCUUUUCUCCAACGCGCCCACAAGUAUGCGUGUCGAGUCACAACGCAACGUCCCAUCCAUCGCGCACACACAUCGACCCGUGUGUGUGUAUUCCUUCUUGUUCGUGCGUUCAGUCUAUGAGCUUGGAAGGUCGCUGAUACCCGCCCAUGGAUUGGUGCAGGAGCUGCUGGAGCUGCAGUUGAAACACAAGUAUGAAAACCACACCAGCACCGUCACAUUGCGGCAUUCGUAUGCAUGCCUUGUUUUUCUGCCGGUGUGUGUGUACCAUUCAGGACACUGCAAAAGGCUUGUCAGCGCGUCAAGGAAGCCCAGAGAGCCCACAAGAUCGGGCGGCGCAACAGCUUCUCGUGAGUUCCGCCCGGCACAGCGAAAGGCACACGUGACUGACAUCGACCGAUUUGUCUUUCUCGCUUCCCAUUUCUCUGCCAUCAGGCGCCACACGGAGCAGCAGAUACAGCAGCUGAAGGACCAAGUGCGGGCCCUCGAGGACGACCACUCGGAGAAGGGCAAACGCACCAGGUGAGCCCUUACACACACAUACAUAUACACAAUGCUCGCCCAGCCACAAGAGCGCACUUCGUCUUUUCCUAGGUUUAUCGAGGCUCUCGAGGACAGCAAGGAACGGGCGGAGGCCGAGCUGCAGGUGGCCAGACAAAAGAUCACCGACGAAAGCCGGUAUGUCCGCCUUGCCAGCACACGCACCGACAUCGCAUUCGUCUCUGUGUGUGGCCUUUCUUCUGCUGUGUGUGCAGUCGAGUCGCAAUGUUGGAGCGGGCCAAGCAGCAGCUCGAGCAGCAGCUGGGACAGCGCGACGCCGCCAUCAGGUGACCACCACACACACAUGUGAAUGGACUCAUUCCCACUCACACUUACACCCGCUCCCUCCCUCCCUCCCUCCCUCCCUCGUGUGUGUUGUGUGUGACGUCAGCCGUCUGACCGAACAGCUGGCCGACACCCAAAUAAAAGUCACCGAGCUCGAGCACGAGACCGUGCUGCUCUCGGAAGCGGCGGAUGAAGCGACGGAGCGCCAACUCGACACGAUCAACACGUACGUGAGCGGGGCAAGCCGGGUCGACACACAUGCACUCAUUGAAUUGAUGUGUAUGUGGGUGUGUGUGUGUGUGUGUUGCCGUGGGUCAGGCUGGAGGAGGAGCAGCGCCAGCGGCUCAUGCAGCACCGCAUCAAGAUGCACAAGAAGGUGGCCAAGGUCGCGGCGCGCCGGAAGAAGCUCGCCGAGGGGUCAAAGCUGCUUGUCGGCCAGCGCACCAACCUCACACAAAAGCUGGUACGUUCCCUCCCUUGUGAUUGCUUUCUAUGCGUCCACGUUUCCCUCCGUUGUGUAUGUGUCCAGGAGACGUCUGCGAGCGCUCGAUUCCUUCUGUCGGCCGUGUUUCAAGCCUGGAAACAGACCUCCCCGCCCACCAGACACCAAGUGAGAAUAUACAUACAUCGGUGUGCGUCGCCUCCUCUCUCUCUCUUGUUGGUUGCCUUACUUACCUCUUGUCGCUUCUUUGGUGUGUUGCAGCAGCAGGUCGACAGUGCUGCCGUCGACUGGCUGCUGGAGGAGGAGCGGCGCUUCUACAAGGGCAUCAUACAGGACUACAAGGAAGAGAUCACCGCAAACGCCCGUUACGUGGAGCGAGAGCUGGGGCACAUGCGCGAUGAGCUCGGCUGGACGAAAGCCGACCUGGAGGUGGCGCGGAAGGUGAGCGAGAGGCGCGGGCAGCUGAGAUUCGUCAUCCAUGGGUCGACUGUGAUGUGUGGGUAUUAUGUAGGACGCCUCGCCGGCCACGAACAUCCAUCUCGCAUCUGUGUCGAUGGCAAGAACUCUCAGCCAGGAGCUGAGAAGUCUCCUCGUCGAGAGGGAGGCGGAGAUAGAGGUGGAGAGGGAGAGGAACGACUACGCUGCGUAAGCUUACUUACACCCACACACCCACCCACACACGCAACUGAUGGAUAGAUCGAUGAUGCAUUCACACACUGUCUACCUUUUUGGUCAGGUUCGAUAAUGAGCGCCUGGAAGGGCGUGUUGCUGACCUGACUCAGCAGCUAGCGGCUGUGAUGCAGGAACGUGACACACUACAGGUGGGUCCACAAAGCAUCUGUCUCAUGAUGUGUCUGUCCACACACACCUUGCCAACACCUGCACCUGCAGGCUCACCUGACCGAGGCGAGAGCUGCUGGUCCAUCGUCAGCACCACCUCUUGCCGCCCCGCCCGCGCCACCCGCUGGACCCUCUCCCCCCACACAGCAGACGGACGGAGGGCUUUUCGUCGAGCCAAACCCCCAGUCGUCGGUCGUGGCUGAGGAGGUAGAGGGGCCUGCCAGUAGCCAGAGGGGGAGUUUGGAAGGGGGUGGGGGUGGUGUGCAGUACCCCCCGCCGCAUCUUGUGAGACGUGACCUAAUGCCUGAUUCGGAAGACUUGUUGCCGCCCGUCGUGCUGCCCGGCCUGCCCGUCAGCCGCGACCUCUCGCAGCAGCGGAAUGGUGCAUCGAUCGCGCCGGAACAGCCGCAGACGUUCCAACAAGCCCCAACUCUCGUCCAGGUCAGACAGCAGAAGACACACGUGCAGUGUAACCAUACACACUUACAUUCCUCAUGACGCACGUGUCAUGAUGCGUUCAGCCUGACGAUGCUCAUGAGGAGGAGGAUCUGCCGCCGCCCGUGGUCCUGCCCGACCACCACGCGCAGCAGGAGGCGCCCCAGCAGCUGUCAGAGGAGGCUCGCGGCAACGGCGAGAUCCACGAUAUGGAGCGGGUACUCGACGGAGCCCAACAGCCCGACCAACGUCUCAUCCAGGUACCUGACUUGCCAGCCAGCCAGCCAAAACGAGAAACACGCUCUCGCUCCAGCCAGCAGCUCAUCUGUGUUCUCUCUGUGUGUGUGGAUGUAGGAUGUGGGUGGCGUGUCUGACAUCCAGGAGGGCCCGCGCCGCCUGAUUCAGCCACCACAGGAGGAAGAACAAUACACUCAGGUCGGAGCUGCUGCAGCUGCCGCGGGCGGCGUGCAGUACGGCCUCCCACCUGCCGAACAUCCAGCAGCACAGGAUGUUCGACUCGACCAGGAGGAGGGUCAUGCUGGCCUGCAGGAGGAGAUCGAGCAGCAGCUGCUUCUGCAUGAGGAGGAGCUCGAGGGACCAGCGGGCGAGGCGGCGGGAUACCAAGGCGAGGAUGAGGAACAAGUAGAGUACCGUGACGAUGCUAUCGCUCAGGUGAGGACACUGGAGAGAUCAACGGUACAUACAGAUGUCAUGGGUGUGUGUGUGUAAUGUGUUGUGUUGUGUGUCAUUCGUCAGCCGCUUGACAUCGGCGAGGGUGCGGACCGCUUUGACGAGGAAGGGGAGGGCGAAGGAGAGGAGGAGGAGGAGGGCGACACACCAGCUGCCGAGCCCCAGGGGGCGCCUGGCAAUGUCGAGAUCAGCAUCCCUGAGGAAGCGGGCAUCAGACAGGACGGCAGAUACACUGAGGCCGCCAGCAGUGGGGAGAAGUCUGUCGGGACGGAGCGGCUGGUGCAGCAGACGGUUGGCACUAUGACAGCGGGCCUGAUCUCGCUGGCCGAGAAGACCACCAACACUUACACGGGGCUCUUCCAGUCCACCAUUGGCACCAACACGGCCAAAGCGUCCCUCCACAGCAGCACCACCCAGGCCAGCCCCUCUGUCCGCGCGAAGUCCACCGACACGGCCGCUCUGCCAUGGGGGGAGGAGAAGAGCGUUCAGGCAGUGCCCCCGCCUCCUGCACCCACACACGAGGCGGCAGUGAUGGCCGUCAGCACCAUGCAGGAGGAGGGAAUCAAUACUGAGAAGGCUCACGUGAGGGAGGCGGGCACGGCCACCGUCAACGUGCAGACGCAGGAGGGGGGAAGCGACACACGAGGCCUGGUGGCUACAGCCACCAAACAGGUGAGCCAGCAGGACUGAGAGAGAGGGGGGGGGACAUUCACGGGUAAAUGGACGCUUGUAUGACUUCGAUCGCUUUCAGGUUGCUGCUGUUCUGUCGACCGAACCAUUCUCGCAGCAAACCGGCGCGAGCGUCUUCUCUCUCCGCCACAGCACCACUGACCCACUCCCUUCGCCCCGCAUCCCUGCCCUGCCCCUGCCGUACCCAGCAGCAGCAGCGGCAGCAGCAGCCAAUGGGGCAGGUGACUCGGCUGUAGGAUACCACGACAACGCUCCAGCGGUGUCACGGCCGAAGGAGGAGGCGUGGGAGAUGCCGCGCAUCCCCGAGUACAUCCCGCGGCAGCCCGACAUUCACGCCUACCCUGUGUUCAUGACCGACAGCAGCGAGGACGGCCCCUCUGCCCCAUCAGCCCAGACACAGACACAGCAGCAACAGCAGCAGCACCAGGAGGCUGAGCCAUCGGCGGGCAAGAAGGACAGGGCCCCGUCGCGUGUGUCCAACGGCAUCGCCGGCCCGCCCCCCAAGAAGCUGUCGGCGAAACGGCGCGUUGUCGGCAAGAGAGAGGAGGAGACCAACACCAACUCCAACUGCAACAGCAACACUUCCUCUGCCAUCGUGUCGAAGCCCAUAAGCGCGUUGAAGCUUCGUCUGGGACCGGGCGGCGGGAUUGGGAGUGCAGAGGGCGUUCCUGUGGGUGUGGGUGUGAGUGCUGCGAAGGAGGUCCAUGUGCCGCGCAAGACGGGCGGGCUGCAGAAGAGCGUGACGACCGGCGAUCGGGAUCGAGACACCAAGGGCAGAGAGGGCAAGGGCAACGGGAGUGGGCCCGGCAGUGGGCUGAGCAAGGUGGCCGCGGCCAUCGCCGGCCAGCAGCAGUCUCCCAAGGGGCCGCCGGGACAGCUGCAGCAGCCACAUCUCAAAGUAAGGAGGACAGAACACCGUCGCAGGGCAGGCAAGCAGUGGGAUUGUGUUGUGUCUCUGACUGACAUUGAUUGCAGCGUCUGCCGACAGGCCCGUCGGUAUACAAGCGGAUGGUGCCUGCAGCCCAGCAGCCACCCCAGUACAGACAGCCGCCAGCCGUCCGAGCAGCCCCCAAAGAGGCGCCGACCAAGAAAGUGGCAGCCCCCGCCCCCUCUACUGACACACACAGCAGCUACCCCCCUCCUCGCCCGAGCGCCCCCGCCCCAGUAGGCAUGGGCAUGCCAGUGCUGCCGCCUCCAGUGCUGCCGCCUCAUUAUCAUGGCUUCCCCUUCUACCACCCGAUGGCCAUGCCGCCCCCGGGGUAUCACCAUCUGAAUGAGGACAUGGACCUCACGCGACGGUCGGUCGGCCCGCCAGCACCGCCGCCGCCACCGCUGCCGCUGCCGCAGACAAUUUGGCCGCAGAGCAGCCAGUCGUUCUACAUGAGCAGCGGCACAGCGCACACGGCCACCAGUGUGGGUGGGACUGUGCACCAGCACAUGCCGGUGCUGCUGGGGGACUAUCAGCACAUGCCGUUGCUGCUGGGGGACUAUCGUGUUGUGAUGCACCCACACCCCCCCCACCACCACCUGCAGCAGCAGCAGCAGCAGCCGGGGUCUUCGCACCUGCCAUCGCAGUACCACGCCCACCAUGGCUGAGGGGUGGGUGUGCUGCACAGGACAGAGAUAAGCGCGGCACACCAUCAUUUGUAUGUGUGUGUGUGUGUGUGCGUGUGUGUGCGGACAGGCUGACGAUUGAGAGGAGGCUGGUAGAGGCUGCAUAUGGAUGGAUGGGUUGUUCCGUUAUCGAGACUGUGCGUGAGUGGGGUGUUUUUUAAGACCGAUCGGAAUGAGACCAGAUCACCAUUUCAUGACCGUGAUGCAUCAGUCAGC